AUGGUAAAAGCUCCCCAGAGUGAAGAGAGGCUGGCCAGAGGAGGAAAGGGGAAUAACUCAGUUUUAGCCUGCGGAGCCCAGGCCUCUUGGAGCAUCUUUGGGGCUGACACAGCAGAGGUUCCGGGCACACGCGGCCACUCCCGCCAGGAGGCUGCCAUGCCCCACAUUCCCGAGGACGAGGAGCCCCCCGGAGAGCCACAGGCAACCCAGAACCCUGCCAGCCAAGACCCUCCCACUGUAGGAAUAUCUUGCAGUCCACCCACGAUCGUCCUGACAGGGGAUGCCAGCCCAUCAGAAGGAGAAAUCGACAAAAACCUGGCUAACAGAGCUCACAGUCCCCACAAGAGGCUUACCCACCGACACUUGAAGGUUUCCACUGCUUCUCUGACUUCUGUGGACCCUGCGGGGCACAUCAUUGACCUGGUAAAUGACCAGUUGCCAGACAUCAGCAUCUCAGAGGAGGACAAGAAGAAAAACCUGGCACUGCUGGAAGAAGCCAAGUUGGUGAGUGAGCGAUUCCUGACCCGCCGUGGGAGGAAGUCCAGGAGCAGCCCCGGAGACUCCCCGUCAGCUGUUUCCCCGAACCUCAGCCCCAGAGCUUCUCCUGCAUCCUCUCGGAGCAACUCACUCACAGUCCCCACCCCACCAGGUUUGGAUGCGUGUGGUGGCUCACAGCCCCCUCUGCCCGGAGCAUCACCACAGAAGGGGGAUGAGGCCGAAGUCCCUGCACCUCACCUUGGCGAGCCUAAUGUCCCCAAAGGGCUAGCUGACCGGAAGCAGAAUGACCAGAGGAAAGUGUCUCAGGGCAGGCUGGCUCCUCGUUCUCCCACAGUUGAGAAGUCCAAAGAGAAUGUAAUAGAACAAAAGGAAAAUUUCGAUCCCCUCCAGCACCCCGAGACCAUACCCAAGGGCCCAGCUUCUGGAACAAGCAGUGGUGGGAAAAUGGCCCUGAACAGCCCCCAGCCCGGCCCUGCGGACAGCGAGCUGGGAAAGCAGCUCCUGAAGACGGCCAGGGAAGGCAACCCUCUGCCAAGAAGUCCAGCCCAGGGCUCAGGAGGGGCAGCUCCCCCAGCACCCCAGAGAAAAGGCUCAGCUGGAGAGCCCACGGAGUCCAAGGUUGGCCCCAAAGCUGAACUGCGGCCCCCUGUGUCGCGGCCCCCCCUGCUGCGGGGGGUCUCCUGGGACAGUGGUCCCGAAGAGCCCGGUCCCCUGCUCCAGAAAGUGCUUGCCAAACUGCCCCUGGCAGAGGAAGAGAAGCGUUUUACAGGCAAAGCCAGUGGCAAGCUGGCCAAGGCGCCUGGGCUGAAAGACUUCCAGAUACAAGUGCAGCCCGUGCGGAUGCAGAAACUGACCAAGCUCCGCGAGGAACACAUCCUGAUGAGAAAUCAGAACUUAGUGGGGCUCAAGCUUCCAGACCUGAGUGAAGCAGCUGAGCAGGAAAAAGGGCUCCAUUCUGAACUUUCCCCAGCUAUUGAGGAAGAAGAGUCAAAGAGUGGCUUGGAUGUCAUGCCCAAUAUUUCUGACGUGCUGCUGCGCAAACUGCGGGUCCACAAGUCUCUCCCUGGAAGCGCCCCUCCACUCACUGAGAAGGAGGUUGAGAACGUGUUUGUACAACUGUCCUUGGCCUUUAGAAAUGACAGCUAUACCCUGGAAUCUAGAAUUAACCAGGCUGAAAGAGAACGCAACCUGACAGAAGAGAACACUGAGAAGGAACUGGAAAACUUCAAAGCUUCCAUUACGUCCUCAGCUUCACUGUGGCACCACUGUGAGCACCGGGAGACCUACCAGAAGCUGCUGGAGGACAUCGCUGUCCUGCACCGCCUGGCCGCACGCCUCUCCAGCCGAGCUGAGAUGGUGGGGGCCGUUCGCCAGGAAAAGCGCAUGUCGAAGGCAACAGAAGUAAUGAUGCAGUAUGUGGAGAAUCUGAAGAGGACGUAUGAGAAAGACCAUGCAGAACUCAUGGAGUUUAAAAAACUUGCAAAUCAGAAUUCAAGCCGCAGCUGUGGCCCCUCUGAAGAUGGGGUCCCUCGCACAGCGCGGUCCAUGUCCCUCACGCUGGGAAAGAAUAUGCCCCGCCGGAGGGUCAGCGUUGCCGUGGUUCCCAAGUUCAAUGCCCUGAAUCUGCCUGGCCAAUCUCCCAGCUCAUCACCCAUCCCCUCUUUACCAGCCUUGUCAGAAUCACCCAAUGGGAAAGGCAACCUACCUAUCACCUCAGCACUGCCUGCACUUUUGGAAAAUGGAAAGACAAACGGAGAGCCAGAUUGUGAAGCCCCUGCUCCUGCGCCCACCCCAGGCUGCCUGGAGGAGGCUGGUCAGGAGACCAAGGCCAAGGCGGAGGAAGAAGCCUACAACAAGGGAUACCAGGAGGGUCUAAAGAAGACCAAAGACCUUCAGGACCUGAAGGAGGAGGAGGAAGAACACAAGAGUGAGAGCCCUGAGGAGCCUGAAGAGGCAGAAGAAACUGAGGAAGAGGAAAAGGAUCAGAGAAGCAGCAAACUUGAAGAAUUGGCCCAUUUCUUACAAGUCAUGUAUCCCAAACUGUGUCAGCACUGGCAAGUGGUCUGGAUGAUGGCUGCAGUGAUGCUGGUCUUGUCUGUUGGGCUGGGGCUCUACAACUCCUAUAACUCUUGUGUGGAGCAGGCCGAGGAGCCCCUUGGAAGAUCUACUUGCUCAGCAGCCCAGAGGGACUCCUGGUGGAGCUCAGGACUCCAGCAUGAGCAGCCUACAGAGCAAUAGGAAACCUGACACC